AUGGCAGAGCGUCCCGAUGGAGGCAGGAGACGCUCGCGUCGCGACAGUGCGGACUCGAUACGCGGGACACAGCCUGCGUCCAAAGAUCGCAGGACCAAACGGUCCGGUAAGCCCGUCAAGGAGCGAUGGCUGCUCACCAGAAAGACAUGGCGAUACAUGGCCGAUGCCGGCAGACGUCUCAUCCCCGAUGGUACUCACAACCGGCCAGAAGACAUACCAAAGAUCGAGCAAUACUUUCAAGAGGUGUGCCAGAAAGAACCGCGUUUUUUGCUUUGGAGGAAGGCCUCGUAUCCUGGCAGUCUGAAUUUUCGCGCCCAGCGACGUCACAGACAGACUAAAGGUGGCAACUAUCGAACUCAGGCUAGCUCGGCUGAUGAGGCCGAUGACGCCAGAAGCUCGCCGCAGAGUUUCGUUCUUUCUGCAACCACGUCUGGCACAUUUGAUCUGGCAAAGGCAAAAAAAGAGUGGUUGCUGACGUCAGGUGGUAGCAACGGUGGCGAUGGUAGUAGCGAUGGCGGUGGCGGUGACGGCGAUGGCGGUAGCACGCCAUCAAGUCCGAUAACGCGUCGUAAGACAUUUCAGGAAGACACCGAGGCCAAAGAAUUGGCUGACAUGCUACAGAAGUACCUGAACAUGCAUGGUAACACUGUAGCCAAUCCGGCGAGGAUGGCUAUCAAGUCACAGGAUACAACCGAACAGAUGGAAGGGAAAGAACCCUUUGACUAUCGUAGUUUAAUAGAUAAGCUGCAACAGCAUUUAAAUACGAUUGUAGCUCAGGCUAAACGUGAGAAAGUUUUUCUCAGUCAAAGUACUUCUAGCAGGAAAGACAUAGUUCCGGAAUCCAUGUUGCCAUAUCAGGGCGAUUACGUUCAUAAAUCGCUAAUGGAGACGCUCAGUCGUUACUAUGGCAAAUCGUCUUCCCGGGAACAUGUUAUAUCCGAUAUUUUGACAGAUCGAAAGCUCCUUGAAAAACUUUAUUUCGAUCUGAGAUGUACUAGAGGCUUUCGGGGACCCCGAGCGACCGGUGCGUACACCUCGCCGUCAACUCGAUGGUGGGCUCACGAGAGAAGUAGACCUACCAAAGAAUCUAAUCAGUCAUCUAGAAGAGACCCAAUUUCACCACCACCUCUAAUCUCUGUCCAAGGGCCUAGCACCGAUCGAAGUUUUCUCGACAAUGGCGUGCAAACCGAUCCAGUUUCUCAAAGUGUCCUUGAUAUGUAUUUAUUGGAGAAGGAAAAGGAAGAAUCCUCUCAAAAGGAACAGAUAUCGCAAAGGUCCAGCGGACGAAGAUGUAGUAGCGUUGACAAUGACGACGUGUCACCGUCCGUGAGUGACACUAUCAAGAGGUAUCUGCGGAUGGCGCGGAAGAAAUCGAUGGACGCAGACAAGAUCGACCGAUUUAAGCGAGUCAAUUAUGAUCGGAAUUUACGGAAUAUCAAAGCCAAGGGUGAGAUUACCAAGCCUGGCGAUGACGAUGGCAAUAACAAGGGCUGCCAGACAGAAGAUAAUUGGAUGGUGCAUUAUCGCGAAAUGUCCUUUUUCAGUCCCGGAGAAAUUCCAUCCGAGAAUUUAUCGGAUGCUGACACAACGACAUCUCCGCCUGUCAGCAGAAAUGCUAGUUCCAGAAGCAGCAUCGACGCCGGCCUCGGUUCCGAAGAGGCUUCCACCCCCGUUAAACAUCCCCAUCACCAUCAGUCCUUCCUUUCCCAUCUCUUGCAUGGUUCCAACACGCAUAAGCCGCAUUCGGCACCCGGUUCGCCGGCACUUACGUCAUCGUCCGCCAAUUCCGCAGGUGGCACAGCAAUGCAGAAGAGCAAAUCCUCGAGUAACGUGGUGCAUCACGGCAGCCGGCUAGUGGCAAAGAAAAUUUGGCGGUCCAGGAGCAAGAGCACAUCGAGGGUGUCGCAUCAGCCGUCCGUGUGGACACCUCAGGGAAAAUGUACAUGGGCAGGCACAGGAAGUCGGCGUGUAACUCUACAGGACACAUCGUUGCGAACAUUAUCCGAUAUCGAGAGGAAAGUUCUCUGCAAGGUAGCCGUAGCGAAACUUCAAGCACUUAAUCUGGGUGUACAUAUUAGACCACCAUGCGAAUCGCUCGGUACCGGGUCAGUGGCCACGAAUAAGCCAAAGAGACGGGCGUAUUUGCUAAAAAGGAAGGCUCUUACAACAGGCUUCUUCGACAACAAAGGAAAAGAUGAGAAGGAAAAAGACAUUGCAGGUGGUCUGGUGUUUGGUAUACCUUUGUCUCAAUGCAUAGAGAAUGAUAGGAUUACUAGAAUUGCCGCUGGAGAGAUCAUUGAUGUUGGUUGCUUAAGCAGGAGUAGCAGGCACGGAAGUAGGACCAGUUUUUCUAGCUUUAUAGAAACUCCACCGACUGUAGCGGCAAAAACAGAAGAGGGAGGAUCUUCUGAGUCCCUGUCGUCGAAAGGUGGUGCUCUUACAGGAAGCGAUUCCGGAGUGCUCGAAUUGAAUGACAGUGGUGGAGGAUGCCUCGCCAGUGAAUGGGACAUGGUACCAGGUAUCGUGAGGCAAUGCAUUAGACACCUCGAGGCCACUGGUCUUCGGACGUUAGGCGUGUUUCGCGUGUCACCCUCGAAAAAAAGGGUGAGGCAGUUAAGAGAAGAUUUUGAUUGCGGUCGAGAGACAAAGAUAGGUUCCGAUCAAUGUCCUCACGACGUAGCUACCCUCUUGAAGGAAUAUUUCCGUGAUCUACCGGACCCUUUGCUUUGCAGGGAUUUAUAUCAGGCCUUUGUGCACACUCAAAAAAUCAGAAACAGGCGACUGCAACAAGAAGCUUUGCAGCAUCUCAUUCAACUUUUACCCACGCCCAAUCGCGAAACUCUUUGGGCACUUCUGAAUUUUUUAAGCGUUGUUGCAGCGAACAGUGAGGAUCAGAAAAACGAAACAGGAGAAUGGAUCUCAGGAAAUAAAAUGGACACGACGAAUCUCGCGACCGUGUUUGCGCCAAAUAUUUUGCAUUGCGUGAAAGCCGGUCAAAUGAGGUCGGAGGUUUCAUCGGAAAGAGCCGAGGAGAGAAUAGAUGUGAUAAAUGUUGUGCGAACACUUCUGGAACACACGUCGACAUUGUUCAUGGUACCAACGGCGCUAUUGGACGAAGUAUAUCAGCAUAUGAUGGAUACUCAUCCGGCGGAGUUAGAUAUUGCCUUGUCUCGUCGGGUUGAAGAGCAAGGUGGAGAUGAAGUAGACCCCUGUAGCGAGGCAGAGACGUUCUCAGUUGAAGAGACACUGACCAUGUCGACGACCACUGCGACAACGACGACAAGAAAGAUGUGGACUAGAGAACAAUGUUUACAUCAAACCGCGGGUGUUGGCGGUGAUAUUGGACCAAAGCAUCGACGGCCAAAGAAAUCAGGAAGCCGAAGGAAGGAGGAGGGUAGAAGCAAUAGUGUCGAUAGCGGAUCGAGCGAGGAUCCAUCUGAUCCUCGGCGAAAAUCCUCGCCGAUAAUAAUUACCGCGAGUCUCACCAUACCUAUGUCCGACGCGUUCACCCUGAACCUCGACGACCCGGACAUUCCGUACAUCGAGGAAACACCAAAGCAACCGAGCGCUCCUCCGAGGCGACAAAGGCAAAGGUCCGUUUCCGGUUGCAGCGAAGGGGGAAGACACGGAAGUGAUAGUGCCGUGGGUUCCUCGGCAACUCUGUCGGGUGAUCAGACAUUAAGUUCCCCGCCUUCAUGGGCGUCUUCACCUCCAGCUAGUCCCGACAGCACGGUCACCGCCGUUUCAUACAUCCCAGAUCAGCAAGCGGUUCUCCAGAGAGUCUCAUUCACGACCUCGAGUGAGGUAAGGCAAGUGAACAGAUCGACUGGUCAGCAGGAAACAAGUAAAAGUACAGCGGUGCCGUAUACGCCAAGCAUCACUAGCAUUGGCGGUGCGGUUUUGAGGUCCAAGACGGCAGAUAUCGAGAGAAUGCUGCAGAUCUCGCGGUCAGAUUUCGAGCCCACGAGCCUGCAAACGAGCAAGAAUUCAACGGUGACCUCCAGCGAGAGCAAGAAGUAUACGAAGAGACGAUAUACGGAUUCAAGGCAUCAGACGCGCCAUAUACCUGAUGCCGACACCCUGGCUGGGAAGACACCACUUAGCAUGACAUCCACGUCGACGAUAUUACCUUCCUCUUCUGCUUCAGUAUCGACGCAGAAGCAACGCGUACCAACGCAACCAGUGUGGAAGAGACGAGAAUUAAUCUCCAGUGCUCCAAAGGAUAGGGAGGGAUACUUUUAAUUUGUUAUCUGCGAUUACAAUAUCGAAUCGAAAUUCAAAAUUUAUUGUCGAAACGGUAUUUUUGAGGUUUUUCCAAUUGCUAUUAUAUAUCGAAUUAUAUACGAUCCAGUGUAUAGUACAUUUUUAAAAAUAAAACACCAUUCUUUAUUCAAUGACACUAAUCAAAUUAUAUUUAUUAUCACACACAUGACAAUUUUGAAUUUUGAUUCGAUGAAUAGGACAGUCACUGCCGAUCAGGUGUGGCCUGGAAAAAUGUUCCUUAAUAUGUUUCUCAUAAUCUUGAAAAAUCGCGAGAUAUUCGUUGGUUCCUGUAUUAGUGCCGUCCUCGUGUUCUCGAAGGAUCUCCAUGACGAAAUGCGCAUUCUCGUUUCACGACGAGAGUUUUAUCGACCCUUCGGAUGAACCUUGACAAAGUUAAGAUAACGGGUGAUCGAGAAAACAAGAAAAUUAGUGUGAAAAGUAUUAUCUUACUUUUCGCAAUAAAAAUAUUAAUUGUCGCGAGCUCGAAAUCAGCCUAAAAAUCGUUAUCUCUCCGCUGUACUUACCUGAUUGCAGUUGUCAUCCGACGAGCAAUGAGAAACUUGAAAUUUAUUUGUCCUUUCUAAUGUGUCUUCUCUAUGACAUAAUUAUUAAUGUGAAUAAUUAUUAACGUGAAUUGUCAUGAGAGACGCGUGCGUUAUAUCAUAUUAU